CGGGGAUUCCCCGAAAUAAACUUUUACGUCCUUGACCUUUGACCCUGAGCCGGUGACGUCACAUGCGUCUCGCGAUACUUUUCAACAAAUAAAUACAGCAGCGGGAGGGACCCGUCCGGCACCAUCAGUUCAGUUUCUUUUGAACAGUUUGGAAAUAACUCUGCAUCUUUCGGUUUCAAGCGUACAAUGGCAGCAGCUGAAGUUAUGCCAAAUCAGAGCGUGGUGGAGAGGGUAACCAGCCUCCCUUUGGUGAGCUCCACCUACAGCCUGGUGUUCAGCGUUUACUCCAACACCAAAGACCACCACCCUUACAUCAAGAAUGUGCUCGAGGCCGCGGAGCAAGGGGUCCGCACCAUCACCUCCGUGGCCCUCACCACCGCCUCCCCCAUCAUCACCAAACUGGAGCCUCAGAUCGCCCGGGCCAACGACCUGGCCUGUAAAGGUUUGGACAAGAUGGAGAAAACUUUACCCAUUCUUCAUCAGCCUUCUGAGCAGAUCGUUUCCAACGCCAGAGAUGUCGUCACGGGGAAAGUGUCUGGGGCUAAGGGCGCAGUCUCCAGCACACUGGGCAGCGUCGCAGAGAAGACUCGUGGCGCCGUGCAGGGCGGGAUGGAGAGGACCAAGGCUGUUGUCAGUGGGAGUGUGAGCACCGUGCUGGAGAGCAGAGUGGUCCAAGCGGUCAGCAGCGGAGUGGAGACGGCGCUCAGCGCAUCGGAGAGCCUGGUGGAGCAGUAUCUGCCUCUGAUGGAGGACGAACUGGAGCUGGAGGCCAAAGAUGAGAACGGCUCAGACGAUCUGAAGCCGAGCUACUACGUGCGCCUGGGCUGCCUCUCCGCCAAGCUCCGACAGAGAGCGUACACCCGAGCCGUGGCCAGAAUACGAGACGGCAAGCAGCGCAGCAUGGGCUUCAUCUCUGAGCUCCACUCCACCGUCGACCUGAUUGAAUACAGCAGGAAGAACAUCGGCAGCGCCAACCAGAUGGUGAACAACAAGCUGAGCUCGUUGGUGCCGUGGAAGUCGAGCAGUCCGAGCCAGCAGAACGGUCACCAGGCAGAGGUAAUUGAAUCUCGCACCUUAGCCCUGGCUCGUUCCCUCACCCAGCAGCUCCAGACCACCUGCCUGGUCCUGGUCUCCGGCUUGCAGGGAAUCCCCCACCACGUCCAGCAGGAGGCGCUCUCCCUCAGCCACUCGGCAGCUCAGGUGUACACCAGCUUCAACAGAGCCACGGUGCUGGGAGACCUGCCGGACAGCGCGUUAGCCACCAGCAGAGUCCAGCUGGGCAGAAUGAAGGAUUCUCUGGACAACAUCAUCGAUUACCUGGUCAACAACACGCCGCUCAACUGGCUGGUGGGUCCUUUCUACCCGCGCAUGGCUUCGUCCCACAGAGCCUCCUCUGCCGACAUCACGUCGCCGAGCUCCGCUUUCAGUCCGCCGCACACGGAGGAGCCCAUGGAGGUGGAGAUGGAGUCACUGUGUUCCCAGCAGCUGUAGAUUCUGGGUUAAAAUGCUUCGUGAUGCCCGAUUAUUGGGUUCCUGUCCAA